AUGUUUGAAAAUCCGCUGUCGGAGUUAGUGCAGGAGGAGAAAGUUCAAGAGACAUUCGCAGAAGAAGAAAAAGGAUUAUCUACACUGGUCAAAUGCGCCAGCGAGACUGAGUACGAUGAUUUAACGAUUAAGUUACCAUCGCUUGAGAGUUUAUGGACAUUGGUAUUCGUGGAAAAAGCAGCACAAAGCUUGAAACACAAUCAACACCUGAUCGAUUAUUUGAAAUCGAUUUUACAGAUCGAUGCAAAUAUACCAAAUAAAUUACGAAAAGCAGCCGAUGGUCUUUAUUGGAAAUUGGAGAAAGAGCCAGAGCGUCUUCAAGAUAAAAAAACAGCCGAAUCGGAGCCUGUUAACUAUAUAUAUGAUGCAAUGAUUAGCUAUAAUCACAAAAAUGAAGAAAUAAGUCACAAACUGUGGCAGAAACUCACCGACAAUAAUUUUAGAAUAUGGAUAGACAAAGAAAAAAUGUUUGGCUCAAUCAUGGAACGCAUGGCUGAGGGUGUUGAGCGGUCUGAAUUCGUGAUAAUAUGUAUGUCACCUACAUAUGCGGCAAGUCCAGCAUGCCAAUCAGAAGCCACUUAUGCGAAAUCAAAAAAGCGGGCGUUAAUUCCCAUAGAGGUGCAAAAAGAUUUCAAACCUCGAGGAUGGCUAGCUAUUCUUAUUGGAGACUUGUAUCGUGUUAGUUUUACAAAACAAUCAUUUGACAGAGCUUAUCAAGAUUUAUUAAAUCAAAUCGAUCGAAAUCGUAUAUUUAGUCGACAGACAUCAGAUGUCGGUUUAGAUUUACCAAGACCUGUGUCGGAACGUAUGUUGUCUCGUUCUACCUAUAGAAGUCCAACCCUUUCGAUGAGAGCAAGGACAGAUCGUGAAACAUCACCUCAUCAAAAGUAUGUAUCCGUUGCAACCUCACCACUACCAUGGGCAUGUGUUGACCGUGGAACUAAUUCACGCUACAGAGCAAAGAGUCGUGCAACAUCACCGAUGAGACCUGCCAUGAUUGAUCGGACUACUUCACCUCUUCUGCAAAAGAGAUCAGUUUAUACGUCCCCUAAACAAAUCACUUCUGUUAGUCGAGAUACUUCAACUGAUAAUUCCGUUAGAUCCAUUAGCACAGCAGCAUCAGAUUCUCAUACAGCAAUGAGACCCGAAAAUACAGAUUCAAGAAUAUGCUCGCUAAUUUAG